GUGCGUAUCGUGUAGUGGCCGCACAGACAUGGCUCCACAUGCAGAAGUGCUAUAACCUUGAUUGAUCAGCUUCUUCGCUUGAGACAACCCAAAAGAGCAACAUGCAGGCUGCUAUGGACAUCACGGCAAAGUAUUGCCACAAAGAAAUGGAGGCAUAUGGGUCAUGUGUGGCCUCCAACCCAUCAACAUGGCAAUCAAAGUGUCACGAAAUGAAGAUGAAGGUUGCACAGUGCACAUCAUCACACCCAGUGAUCCAGAAGAUCAGACAGGAUUGCUCUGCAGAGUUUGUGGAGUUUGAGCGCUGCCUGAGAGAAAACCAGGACAAACCUACCUCCUGCUCAUUACAUGUGGCUCGCUUUCUGGGCUGUGCGGAGACAGUAGACCUCAGUGGAGUGGAUCCGGUACCUCAGCCAUCGUAGCACUCAGACAUCUUCCAUCAUCUUCAGAUUACUGAUGUUUUAACAGCAGGGCAAAUGGGCUGGUUUUACAUUUGUCCCACCCAUUUUAAUGUAUGAACAUUGACUGUUGGGAUAUCUGUCUUCCUCUGUGUGAAUUAUUUUGUCUUUCUUUGACAAAGAUAAAUAUGAAUACAACAGUGCAACUGUGAGUGAGGCAGGUUCAAUUACUGCAUUGUUGUUCUCGUACUCCUCAUGUAAAUUUUGUGUUCAUGUAAAGAUAACAUCUAUAUUUGCCUGUAUGCAAGAAGUCUGUUUUUUUACAGAUUUUUAUUGAACCACCUCAUUAAAAUGUACAUCAGAGUUGUAUUACUCAUCCGGUGUGGUCAUCCUCUGUUGUUUUCUGUCGGUAAUGUCUGUCCCUCCCACCGUUGCCCUCUCCAGGUCUGGGUCGGAGUCAAAUAUUAAACGGGAAUGUACCGCUCCCACACACACUCACAUGACUACUCAAUGACUGAGAAAUGGGGAGUCUGGG